CUAAGUAGGUAUGUAUAGCUCUUGUGUCCCAUCAACAAAGAAUGCAAUGUUUUCUUCCAUUCCACAACCCAUUCUUCUUCCAAACUGCAUUCACCGCCAGCUUCCAAGGGUCGCUUGUUGAACAUGAAUAAGCGAGCGUCGCCUGGGCUGGAACGCGAACCACUCCUCACUCUUCGCGACAACUCACUCUCUCGUAACUUGUUGUCAACCACGCGCCAAGUGCCAGACCCUGCGGCGGGACGGUGCGCUUCCAUCCCGUUAUAUAUACUACCUUUGCAUCCCGUACCUAUUUACAGAAAGUCUACCAAAGGAGCUUUGCUACACCCCUCUCAAACCAUGUCUCGAGCAGCAAGCCGCCUGGAUGGCCCUUCUCAAACGCCUCGACGCUCCACGCGUAUUUCACAGUCUGUUGCAUCCCGGUCUGUUGUAAGCGUCUCCGAAGCUGGCACAUCAGCAACACCCGGCGGCAAGGCCAAGAGCACUUUACCCAGGCUUAAGUCUCGUCAAUCCACCGCAUAUGGAGCCAGCGGACGCGUCGGCGACGCCGAGGAGCUUCAAAUUCCAGUCACGGGCUUCUCGCAGGCUUUCCAAGUGCAGCGAGACGCUGCCAUGGCUCGAAAGGAACCACUGAUGAGCGGCGCACUGGCCUCUGAUCAAGAUGAGCACUCGCCAACGCCUGCAUCCAGCGAUGCUGGCACCCCGUCACAACAAGAUUACGAGAGCGAGGACCCGCCCACUGAUGACGACGACAACAAUGACGACCAGCAGCGAGAAGAUCCAUCGAUCGAAGAUUCGUCCAUCGCAAACACCACCAAAUCGUUCGGUAUGUUGCGCGAGUCUGGAAUGAUGAGCACAUCCAAUUCUGUUCGUUACCGGUCUGGUGCCCUCCGAGCAGCACCCCAGACUCCCGUGCUGCCCCCACGUCGUCCCGAACCGCGACCCGCCUUUGUGCAGCCUCGAUCAGUAUCGAAGGCGCCAAUCCGACCUCAGAAUGGCUCUCCAUUCAUCCAACCACAGCCAAAUGUGCGCCCACAAACUCAUGCUGCCAAUCCCGCCGCUUCUAUUCCAGUUGAAGCCGAGCAGGUUCCAAAGGCAGGCGAUUCUGGAAUCUGGGCGUGGUUAUCCAAGUUUCUCUAUUCCCCCAAGUUUCUCUUUACUUUACUCUUCGCUGUGCUUAUUGUAUACAUCACGGGCACUCCUAACUACAAGUGGGAUGUAUCCAAGCUGCGCCGCGCUGUCAAUGAGAUGACUUGGGUUCCACCUCUCCAUAAACACGAUCGCACAUACGACGACAUGUUUACCUGGCUGAAAACGAGGGACAACGAUUGGUCGGAGCGGGUUCGUGAUAUGCGCAUAAAGGUGGACGGUGUCAGCGAGACAUUGGCUCGACUAGAACCACAACUUCCCGAUAUCCUUGUGGUCACCAUGCAGCCCGAUGGCUCUGUUCAGAUUGGAGAUGAAUUCUGGCGGGCCUUGGAGGGCAGGAUGCGGCGAGAAGGUUUUCAGAGUACCUCGGAUGUCGACUGGGAGACAUUCUUACGCAACAACGCCGAAAAGUUGGAGGCCGUCUUCAGAAAAUCAUACGACGCGUCGAAACCGCACCCGCACGCUCUGAGUCGCCAACAGGUCACUGAUCUUCUUGAUGAGAAUUGGCGGAAGAUGUCAGCUCAUGUGGACAAAAGGAUGGAAGAGGUUACCAAGACUAUAAACAAGCAAGCCAAGAUGGCUGUAGUCAAAGAGGCCAAACAGAGCUAUGCCGAUCAAAUCCGCUUACAGUCACUGGCAAUGACCAAUCUGGUCGCAAACCUCGAACUUUCACUCAAGAAAGCUAAUUACUUUGCUCGGGGUCUCGGGGCUACGAUCAACCCAGAUCUAACGUCGCCUACGAAGACCAAAGGCAAUGCUUGGUUGGCCAAUACUUAUGGACGACUCAUGGUCUUGCCUGAACGCCAACCUCCGUCUUCCGCGCUCGAAAAAUGGGAUGAAGCAGGCGACAGCUGGUGCGCACCUCCUGAUGCUCAGAGAGACGGAAAAGUUCAGCUGGGCGUAAACCUACUGUCGCCCAUAUUUCCCGAUCAAAUCACAAUCGAGCACAUCCCUAUGACCGCGGUGCCGGCCAAGAACAUCGCCAGUGCACCCAAAAAUGUAGAGCUCUGGGUCAAAUCCGACGAGCCUGCCCGUCCACGUUACGGUUCUUCCGAUAUAUGUCGGGGCAAUGGUCUUCCGGGCUGGGUCUGUCUUGGCUCUGUUCAGUACGACAUCUUCGGUGCCAACCACAUUCAAACGUUCGAUCUCCAGGCCGAAUCUCCUGUCUCGAUCGAUCGCGCUAUCGUGCGCAUCGUUGACAACUGGGGUGCAGAUCAUACUUGCCUAUAUCGCGUCCGACUUCACGGCGCAUUCGACGGCCCCGACCACAACUACGACGCUAUCGAGUAA